AAGAAUAAAAAUACCUGGCCCGGAAAGCUCUCAAUACACAACCGAAAUAAACAUUCGAAAUGGUAUCUUUCAAGGUGACUCGUUGAGUCCGCUCUGGUUUGUUCUCAGCAUGAACCCCUUAAGUCACAUCCUGAAUGAGACGGGACAUGGAUGAUUUGAAACUCUACGCCAGCAAUUCCAAACAUCUAGAUAAGCUUUUGAGAUGUGUCGAAACCUUCUCCAAUGACAUUAAAAUGCCUAUUGGACUUGAUAAAUGCCGAAAGAUCACAAUAGUUAAAGGUAAAGUGGUUUCUCGACAUGUAACCGCGGAAAGUAGCGGACUCGACAUAGCAGAAAUGGAGGCAGGAGAGGUAUACAAGUACCUUGGAGUUAUGCAAAGCAGCAGUAUAAAUACGAUGCAAAUGAGGAAAAAACUGAUAGCAGAAUUUAAAAGGCGCCUUCACGCUAUCUGUAAAACCCAACUUAAUGGGAAAAACCAAAUCCACGCCAUUAAUUCAUUUGUCGUCCCGGUGGUAUCGUAUAGCUUCGGAAUUGUAAAAUGGUCAUCUACUGAAAUAGAAAAUCUACAACGAAUAAUACGCACAAUUAUGACUAAAUACAAGUCACGUCACCCAAAAAGCUCUGUCGUUCGAAUGAUGCUACCUAGAAAAGCGGGAGGCAGAGGGCAGAUUGAUGUUGGAGCACUGCAUGACAAACUUAUCUUGAACAUAAGAGCAUAUUUCCAACAUAAGUGUUCCCAAUCCGAGCUCCACAAGGCUGCAAGUGCUGCGGAUGAUAAUUAUACCCCACUUCGGAUGAAUCAACCCUACGAAAUCAAGAACACAACCACAAUAGAUGAAAAAAUCCAAAGAUGGUCUGAAAUGGCUAUCCACGGCGUAUAUCGAAAAGACUUGCUGAGCCCACAUGUCGACCAAAAAUUGUCGCACUUAUGGCUUACCAACAGGUCGAUAUUUGCCGAAACGGAGGGUACCAUUUUCGCCAUACAAGAUGGUGUGAUUCCAACGAGAAAUUACAUUAAAUACGUAAUGCGAGAUCCAAAUGCCGCUGCAGACAGAUGCCGAAGAUGCAAUAGUCGAACUGAGCCUAUGUUCAGUACUGCUUGGAAGUUUCAUAGUGGGAGUUACAUACAAAUACCCACAGCUCACUAA